GACGCCCCGACCUGUGCUAGGGCCAGGUCAACGCCGGCCCCGCGAGGCGAAACGAGACGACCCCCGUGCGGCCAUGGCCUCGCUGCUGGGAACUUACCCGUGGCCCGAGGGGCUCGAGUGCCCGGCCCUGGAAGCCGAGCUGUCGGAUGGGCUGUCGCCUCCGGCCGCCCCCCGGCCGCCAGGGGACAAGGGCUCAGAGAGCCGUAUCCGGCGGCCCAUGAACGCCUUCAUGGUGUGGGCCAAGGACGAGAGGAAACGUCUGGCGGUGCAGAACCCGGACCUGCACAACGCCGAGCUCAGCAAAAUGCUGGGAAAGUCGUGGAAGGCGCUGACACUGUCGCAGAAGAGGCCCUACGUGGACGAGGCGGAGCGGCUGCGCCUGCAGCACAUGCAGGACUACCCCAACUACAAGUACCGCCCGCGCAGGAAGAAGCAGGCCAAGCGCCUCUGCAAGCGCGUGGACCCCGGCUUCCUCCUGAGCUCCCUUUCCCGGGACCAGAACGCCCUGCCCGAGAAGCGGGGCAGCAGCCGGGGGCCGCUGGGGGACAAAGAGGACAGGGGUGAGUACUCCCCGGGCGCCGCCCUGCCCAGCCUUCGGGGCUGCUACCACGAGGGGCCGGCGGGCAGCGGCACCCCGGGCAGCACGGACACGUACCCGUACGGGCUGCCCACGCCCCCGGAAAUGUCGCCCCUGGACGCGCUGGAGCCGGAGCAGACCUUCUUCUCCUCCCCCUGCCAGGAGGAGCACGCGCACUCCCACCGCAUCCCCCACCUGCCCCGGCCCCCUUACUCCCCCGAGUACGCCCCCAGCCCUCUCCACUGCCGUCACUCCCUGGGCUCCCUGGCCCUCGGCCAGUCCCCCGGUGUCUCUAUGAUGUCCACUGUAUCCGGCUGUCCCCCGUCUCCUGCAUAUUACUCUCCUGCCACCUACCACCCUCUCCACGCCAACCUCCAUGCCCACCUGGGCCAGCUCUCCCCACCUCCGGAGCACCCCGGCUUUGAUGCGCUGGAUCAGCUGAGCCAGGUGGAACUCCUGGGGGACAUGGAUCGUAAUGAGUUCGACCAGUAUUUGAACACUCCUGGCCACCCAGACUCUGCUGCUGGGGCCGUGGCCCUCGGUGGGCAUGCCCCAGGCUCUCAGGUGACACCAACGGGCCCCACAGAGACCAGCCUCAUCUCCGUGCUGGCUGAUGCCACGGCCACGUACUACAACAGCUACAGCGUAUCAUAGAGCCGGAGGCCGCCGGUCCAGCCCUGCCUUGACGCUGCCACUCUCCGUCCUGGGCACUGAGCAUAGCCAGCCUGGACGUGCUGCCACCCCGACGGGCACGUCCGCACUGCGGGCCCCAGGGAACCAGGUCUGCAGAUCCCAGGUCCCUCUCCAUCCCCCUCCCCGCCACCCCAAUCCCCAUCCCGGAAGCCUCCGUUUUGAGUAUAUUCCUUCAAAUGGGUUUUCAUUGGCUACACCUGGGAAUAGGGCAAGGGAAUUGUUGAAAAUCGCUUGUUCCAGGUGGAAUUUUCAUGGAUCUCUUCUCUCUGUUCCCAUCUCAGAAACAAAUGUGUGAAAAGCCCAGCAGCAUUCUUACCUGGGAGCCCUGGGCUGGGAUCCAGAGACCCAGGAUCCUCAGAGGGCUGGUGACACCUUGACUGGCUUCUCCUUCCCUUCCAGCCUGCCCCACUGUCCCCAUCUGUAAAGUGAGGGACAGAUUUAAUAUCUAAGGUCCCUUCUGCUCCAGGGUUUUCUGAUUUAGGAUUCUUCCAAGGCUCAAAGGAAAAUAAAGUUUGACUCAGUAAGCUCCGUAAGGCGUACCCUGUGAUAAUUCUGCAUGCACAGCCCAAGGACACAGGGCUUUCUGCGCUUGUCCUGCCUUCCAAAAUGAUCUUAGUUGUCCAAAAGGACUCUUUUCCAACGUGAGAAAAAACACUUACCUUGAUUUGGGAAAUUAACCACUAAGGUUGACCGCAUCCCUGAAAAUGAGAUUGAAUUCAAGCUGUAUUUAUAAAAUAUAUUUUUAGAUCAUUUCUUUUCAAUUAUUACACACACAUUUCAAGAGAGUAUACACAGCCUGAAUACAUACAGUGUGUGAGAAACAUGCAAUAUAACACACUUUCAUGCAUACCCUUACGUGCGUGUCUGUGCAGCCUACAUCAGAUACUUUUGUUGACACUGGCAACUUUUUGUCAGCUCCCUGAUCCUAAUAACCCAAAGAGCAGGGAACCUAAAAAGAAUUUCCUCCAAUCUGAACGUCUUGGUUUAUUGAGCAAAAUUUCAGCACACCCUCCCCUCUGCAGAUGCGAAAGGAGCUUUCUUCCCGCU